CAGGAACAGAAGGUUUUUUGAAUUCCCUAUCAGGGUUUGAAAAUGGCGUCUAGGAGGUGGUCUGAGCAGCCUCUGCAGAAGCGGAUUAUGCGGACUCAGACAGUGGGAAAUAUAGGAGAGUCCAUUUUUGAUAGUGAAGUCGUGCCAUCGUCACUCGUCGAUAUUGCACCGAUCCUUCGCGUUGCCAAUGAAAUUGAAUCCAGCAAUCCGAGAGUUGCUUAUCUCUGUCGUUUUUAUGCUUUUGAGAAAGCUCAUCGGCUGGAUCCAACAUCUAGUGGACGUGGUGUUCGCCAAUUUAAAACUGCACUCCUUCAGCGUCUUGAACGGGAAAAUGAUCCUACCUUGAAGGGAAGGGUAAAAAAGAGUGAUGCACGUGAAAUGCAGAGCUAUUAUCAACAAUACUACAAAAAAUAUAUCCAAGAAUUGCAGCGUGAUAAAGCUGAUCGUGCACAACUUACCAAAGCAUACCAAACUGCCGCUGUCCUUUUUGAGGUUCUGAAGGCAGUCAAUCUGACUCAGUCUGUAGAACUUGAUAAUGAGAUUUUGGAAACUCAUAAUAAGGUUGCAGAAAAGAGUCAAAUUUUAGGCCCUUACAAUAUUCUCCCUCUUGACCCUGAUAGUGCAAAUCAGGCUAUCAUGAGAUAUCCUGAGAUUCAAGCUGCUGUUAUUGCACUUCGUAAUACGAGGGGCCUGCCAUGGCCGAGGGACUACAAGAAGAAAUUAGAUGUAGACGUUCUUGACUGGCUUCAGGCCAUGUUUGGAUUUCAGAAGGACAAUGUGGCUAACCAAAGGGAACACUUAAUUUUGUUGCUUGCAAAUGUACACAUUCGAAAAUUUUCAAAGCCUGAUCAACAACCCAAGCUGGAUGAUUGUGCAUUGACCGAGGUCAUGAAAAAACUCUUUAAGAAUUACAAGAAAUGGUGCAAAUACUUGAAUCGCAAGAGUAGUCUUUGGCUACCAGCUAUACAACAGGAAGUACAACAGCGUAAACUAUUGUACAUGGGCCUUUAUCUUCUAAUUUGGGGUGAAGCAGCAAAUUUGAGAUUCAUGCCAGAAUGCCUUUGCUACAUCUAUCAUCAUAUGGCAUUUGAGCUCUAUGGUAUGCUUGCUGGGAAUGUCAGUUUCACAACGGGUGAGAAUGUGAAGCCAGCUUAUGGAGGUGAAGAAGAGGCUUUCUUGAGAAAAGUUGUUACUCCAAUUUAUGAAACAAUUGCCAAGGAAGCUGAAAGGAGCAAGAGGGCAAAAUCAAAGCAUUCACAGUGGAGGAACUAUGAUGAUUUAAAUGAAUAUUUUUGGUCAGGUGAUUGUUUUAAGCUCGGGUGGCCUAUGCAUGCUGAUGCUGAUUUCUUUUGUAAGCCUUUGGAUGAGCUACAUAGCAAAAAAAAUGGGGAGAGUAUACCAACCAGAGAUCGGUGGGGUGGCAAAAUUAAUUUUGUUGAGAUACGCUCAUUUUGGCAUAUCUUCAGAAGCUUUGAUAGGAUGUGGAGUUUUUUUAUUUUGUGUUUACAGGUUAUGAUAAUAGUUGCCUGGAAUGGAUCGGGGCAACCAAGCUCAAUCUUUGAUGCUGAUGUUUUCAAAAAGGUGCUGAGUGUCUUCAUAACAGCUGCAAUCUUGAAGCUUGGACAAGCUGUCCUAGAUGUAAUACUCAGCUGGAAAGCAAUGCGGAGCAUGUCAUCCUCAGUAAAGUUAAGAUAUAUCCUUAAGGUUGUGUCAGCAGCUGCAUGGGUGAUUGUUUUACCAGUGACUUAUGCUUACACUUGGGAGAAUCCUCCUGGAUUUGCACAAACUAUAAAGAAUUGGUUUGGCAAUGGUGCAAAGUCAACUUCUUUAUAUAUUUUGGCCAUUGUCAUAUACCUGUCGCCAAAUAUGCUGGCUGCGUUGGUUUUUUUGUUCCCCUUCAUUCGGCGGUUUCUUGAAAGGUCAAACAAUAAAAUUGUGAUGCUCGUGAUGUGGUGGUCUCAGCCUCGGCUUUAUGUUGGGAGGGGAAUGCACGAGAGUACUUUCUCACUGUUUAAGUACACCAUGUUCUGGGUUCUACUUAUAAUAACAAAGAUCACAUUCAGUUACUAUAUAGAGAUAAAGCCUCUUGUGGGUCCAACAAAAACUAUCAUGCAAGUCCACAUAACAACUUUCAAAUGGCAUGAGUUUUUUCCUCGAGCCAGGAACAACAUUGGUGUUGUAAUUGCACUCUGGGCUCCUAUUAUUCUUGUAUACUUUAUGGACACCCAGAUUUGGUAUGCUAUUUUUUCUACAUUUUUUGGAGGUAUCUAUGGGGCAUUUCGUCGUCUUGGAGAGAUUCGAACUUUAGGAAUGCUAAGAUCCAGAUUUCAAUCAUUGCCGGGUGCUUUUAAUGCCUCCUUGAUUCCAGUGGAGAAGAGUGAAACAUCUAAGAAGAAAGGGCUGAUGGCUACUUUAUCUCGGAAAUUUGCUGAGAUCCCUCCUAAUAAAGAGAAGGAGAGAGCAAAAUUUGCUCAGUUGUGGAACCAAAUCGUUGAAAGUUUCAGAGAGGAAGAUCUGAUCAGUAACAGGGAAAAGGAUUUGUUGCUGGUUCCAUAUUGGGCUGACCGUGAUUUAAAACUUAUCCAAUGGCCUCCAUUCUUACUUGCUAGCAAGAUCCCAAUUGCAUUAGAUAUGGCUAAAGAUAGCAACGGGAAGGAUCGUGAGCUGAGGAAAAGACUUAAUGCAGACAACUAUAUGUAUUGUGCUGUUUGUGAGUGCUAUGGUUCAUUUAGAAAUAUUAUCAGCGAUCUUGUCCAAGGGGAUCAAGAAAAAAAGGUUAUAAAUGAUAUAUUCUGUGAAGUUGACAAGCACAUAGCAGCUGACACUCUUAUAAGUGAAUUGAAGAUGAGUGCACUCCCAACCUUCUAUGGACAUUUUGUUGAGCUUAUCGAAUAUUUGCAAAACAAUAAAGAUGAAGAUAUGGAAAAGGUUGUAAUUUGCUUCCAGGACAUGCUGGAGGUUGUGACAAGAGACAUAAUGGAGGACCAGAUUUCUAGUAUCCAAGAGUCAAGCCAUGGUGGAUCUUAUGGGAGGCAAGAAGGGAUGACACCCCUUGAUCAACAAAAACAGUUAUUUGCUUCACCUGGAGCUAUUAGGUUCCCAAUUGAAGACACUGAAGCUUGGAAAGAGAAGAUUAAAAGGCUUCAUCUCUUACUCACAGUGAAGGAGUCUGCAAUGGAUGUACCAGCCAAUUUAGAAGCAAGAAGGCGUAUUUCUUUCUUCUCAAAUUCCUUGUUUAUGGACAUGCCUCCAGCACCCAAAGUUCGCCAUAUGCUUUCAUUCUCUGUUUUGACCCCUUACUACAUAGAGGAUGUUCUUUUUUCGAUACGCAACCUUGAAGAAGAGAAUGAAGAUUGUGUUUCCAUCCUUUUCUACUUGCAGAAAAUAUAUCCAGAUGAAUGGACAAACUUUCAAGAGCGGGUUGGACAUGAGGACGUCAAAGGGAACCCGGAACUAGAAGAAGAACUUCGCCGUUGGGCAUCAUAUAGAGGCCAAACUUUGACUAGAACUGUGAGAGGCAUGAUGUAUUACCGCAAAGCUUUGGAACUUCAGGCCUUCCUUGAUAUGGCUAAAGAUGAUGAGUUGUUGCAAGGCUAUAAGGCAGUGAAUCCUGAAGAACACUCAAAAGACCAAACGUCAUUAUUUUCACAGUGUCAAGCUGUAGCUGAUAUGAAAUUCACAUAUGUGGUCUCCUGCCAAAAAUAUGGAAUUGACAAACGGUCUGGCAAUGCUCGUGCACAGGACAUUCUAAAGCUCAUGACAACAUACCCAUCUCUCCGUGUAGCUUACAUUGAUGAAGUUGAAGAACCUAGCAAGGAUAAGCCCAAACAGAUAAAUCAGAAGGUUUAUUAUUCUGCUCUUGUUAAAGCUGCGCCUAAGUCUCCAAAUUCUUCUGAGCCAGUACAACAGCUAGAUCAGGACAUUUAUCGGAUAAAGCUUCCAGGACCUGCUAUAUUGGGUGAAGGAAAGCCAGAAAACCAGAAUCAUGCAAUCAUUUUUACCCGUGGAGAAGGGUUGCAGACUAUUGAUAUGAAUCAGGAUAACUACAUGGAAGAAGCAUUUAAAAUGAGGAAUUUGUUAGAAGAAUUUCUUAAAAUACAUGAUGGUGUGAGGCAUCCGUCAAUACUUGGACUGAGGGAGCAUAUAUUUACUGGAAGUGUUUCUUCCCUUGCAUGGUUUAUGUCAAAUCAAGAAACCAGUUUUGUGACUAUUGGGCAGAGAUUGUUGGCAAACCCUUUGAAGGUCCGGUUCCACUAUGGCCAUCCAGACGUAUUUGAUAGAAUUUUUCACCUGACAAGAGGGGGUAUCAGUAAAGCAUCCAAGAUCAUCAAUUUAAGUGAGGAUAUUUUUGCAGGUUUCAACUCUACUCUUCGUGAAGGAAAUGUUACUCAUCAUGAAUACAUGCAAGUUGGCAAGGGGAGAGAUGUGGGUCUUAACCAAAUCUCUCUGUUUGAGUCCAAGAUAGCUAAUGGCAACGGUGAGCAGACGCUAAGCCGUGACAUAUACAGGCUCGGACACCGUUUUGAUUUUUUCCGGAUGUUGUCAUGCUAUUUCACCACAGUUGGUUUUUAUUUCAGUACCCUGAUAACUGUGCUCACUGUCUAUGUAUUUCUUUAUGGUCGCCUUUACCUCGUUCUUAGUGGACUCGAAGAAGGUCUGCUUACACAAACAUCCAUUCAGGACAUUAAGCCCCUUCAAGUGGCUCUUGCUUCUCAAUCUUUUGUGCAACUUGGGUUUCUGAUGGCCUUGCCUAUGAUGAUGGAGAUUGGCUUGGAAAGAGGAUUCCGCACUGCACUAACUGAUUUCAUAAUGAUGCAGUUACAGUUGGCCCCUGUAUUUUUCACGUUUUCUCUUGGAACAAAAACCCACUAUUAUGGAAGGACAUUGCUUCAUGGAGGAGCAGAAUAUAGACCUACAGGCCGUGGGUUUGUGGUGUUCCAUGCCAAGUUUGCUGAGAAUUACAGAUUAUACUCUCGCAGUCACUUCAUCAAGGGAAUCGAGUUGAUGAUUCUACUUAUAGUGUACCAACUUUUUGGCCGUAUAUACAGAAGUGCAGUGUCAUAUGUCUUGAUCACAUUCUCCAUGUGGUUCAUGGUGGGCACAUGGCUUUUUGCUCCAUUCCUUUUCAAUCCAUCAGGAUUCGAGUGGCAAAAGAUUGUUGAUGACUGGACUGAUUGGAAUAAGUGGAUAAGCAACCCAGGAGGUAUUGGUGUACCUCCGGAAAAGAGUUGGGAAUCAUGGUGGGAGAAAGAGCAAGAACAUCUUAGACAUUCUGGGAAGCGUGGUAUCAUUGUGGAGAUUUUGUUAGCAUUACGAUUUUUUAUCUAUCAGUAUGGGCUUGUUUACCACUUGAGCAUAACAACGAGGACCAAAAGUGUUCUGGUCUAUGGUGCAUCAUGGCUUGUGAUUAUUGGCAUAUUGAUUGUGAUGAAGACUGUUUCCGUUGGAAGACGAAAAUUCAGUGCCAACUUCCAGCUUGUGUUCCGGUUAAUCAAGGGACUUAUCUUCGUGACAUUUGUCUCUGUUUUGAUUGCUUUGAUAGCACUUCCUCAUAUGACAGUGCGUGACAUCUUCGUCUGCUUUCUUGCUUUCAUGCCAACUGGAUGGGGAUUGCUCCUGAUUAUGCAAGCCUGUAAGCCUGCUGUUAAACGUGCUGGCUUCUGGGAAUCAAUUCGGACACUUGCUCGUGGCUAUGAAAUUGUCAUGGGAUUGCUUCUGUUCUCCCCUAUUGCGUUUCUGGCCUGGUUCCCAUUUGUUUCUGAAUUCCAGACACGAAUGCUGUUCAACCAAGCCUUCAGCAGAGGUCUACAGAUCCAACGUAUUCUAGGUCAGAGAAAGGACCGGUCAUCUAGGAAUAAGGAGUAAAAUUCUCACAAAUGAUAGCAAGUACAUUGUUCAGUAUAUUUAAUGUGAUUAA